AUGACUGUACCUACCAUCAUUGCGACUUGCAAGCAGACGCGUUUUCAUCUAUUAGAUGAUAAGCCAUCACAGGAGAUCGACGUUGAAGGACUCACAAUCGCCGUUUCGUCUGCACAAGACAAAACUGACGACGCCUCUAAGCCAAAACUCAAAGGGAAAACAAAAGCUAAGGCGGAUACAAGAGAACUUAUAUCAGAUGGGCACUUGCGUCUUAAAGCCGGUGUGCAUUAUGGCUUAAUAGGCCGGAAUGGCACAGGAAAGUCAACCAUAUUGCAGCAGACCGAUUCAGCAGAACAGGGGUGUUUUGAGGAGCGGGAGAGUGGAAACAAUGAAAAUAAACACAAAACAGUCCUGGAAUACGCUAUGAGCAGUGAUCGGCACAAAAAUGAUGUUGCCGAAAAGAUAAACCAUGACCCAUUACAGCCCGUCAACGCAAUCCGCAGGGUUCGACACGAUAUGGUUGAGAAGCAAUUAUUUCUUGCUCAGAAGAACGCAAGCUUGAAAAGUGGGGUGAGGGGUCUACAAGCAAGAAAAGAUUUAAAGUCUGUAGAAUCGAAACACCAGGAUUCACUAAAACUGUUGGAUCAACAAGAGCCAAUCGAUGGCGAGGCAGUACAGAAAGAUACACAAGCUGCGGUGGAGAUGUUACAGGACUUGCAAUCCCAAUUUGAUGCUAUGAAUCUGGUAGAUACGGAACAACAGGCUCGUCAAAUCUUGAUAGGUCUAGGUUUCCAGGAAUCUGCAUUCAGCAAGCCAUUCUUGACACUUUCCGGUGGUUGGCGUAUGCGAUGCAUGUUGGCAAGUGUAUUAAUACAAAAUCCGGAUAUCAUGAUCCUUGAUGAACCAACAAACUUCUUGGAUUUGCUGGGGGUGGUGUGGUUGGAGAAUUAUCUGAAACAGAUGCGUAAUACAUCUCGGACAACAAUGGUGCUUGUCUCUCAUGAUAGGGACUUUGUGAAUGCUGUUUGCGAGGAAAUCGCUAUCUUACGGGACCAGAAGCUUUCUUAUUUCAAAGGAAAUCUGUCAGCAUAUGAAAAAGACCUUGAAGAGCAAAAGCUGUACCUUGGCCGAAUGAAGGAAGCGCAAGAGCGCCAGAAAGCUCAUAUGGAAGCAACCAUUCGUGAAACAAUGAAGGUAGGGAAGAAAACAAACGAUGACAAUAAACUGCGCAUGGCCAAGUCGCGGCAGAAGAGAAUCGAGGAUCGCACGGGUUUGCAGGUGAGCGCAAACGGGGGACGCUUUAAACUGAGCCGCGACCGUGGCGGCUGGCAUUCAUCUGCCCGUGCAGAAAUUGAAGUACCUACAGAUGAAAAAGGUGUCUUGAUUGUCCUGCCUGAUGCUACGGAGCUGAGAUUCCCUGGUCCUCUUAUCUCUUUGGAAGGAAUCGUCUUUCGAUAUAAACAAAAUGAUGCCCCUGUACUGAAUGGAAUUGAUCUUGUUAUGCACAUGGGGGAUAGGGUUGGCAUAAUGGGUCUUAAUGGAUGUGGCAAAUCGACCUUGGUUCGUCUCCUGACUGGGAACAUGCUGUCAAGCAAAGGAAAGAUUUCGAACCAUUCGAGACUGAAACUUGGCUACUACGCACAACACUCAGUAGAAGAUCUCCAGAACGAGGGGCAAGCUGAUCAGAACCUAACAGCAUUGAGCUUAAUGUUGAAAGAAGUGGAAGGGAAGUUAAAUGAAGGUGAAAUCAGAGGCUUGCUGGCAAGCCUAGGACUGCAAGGCAAAGUUGUGUCCGAUGUGCCAAUUUUUCGGCUAUCAGGAGGUCAACUUGUACGCUUGUCGUUAGCGAAGAUAAUCUGGAACUCUCCACACUUGCUCGUUCUGGACGAAAUUACAACUCAUUUGGACUUCCAUACUGUCACAUCUCUUGCAUCUGCUUUGUCAACUUUCAAUGGCGCGAUUCUCUUGAUAUCCCAUGACCGGUUCCUUGUGCGUUCUGUGAUAGAAGGAAAGCGAGACGAGGAGCACAUCUUGGGGGACGAAUUCGAGGGCGCUGAUGGUGAAGAGAAGGAAAUUCAGAACAGAAGACGCACCGUCUACGUCCUGAAAUCAGGAAAGCUCCACGAGCAGCAGGAAGGGGUAGAACAGUUUGAACAGAGUCUCGUGAAGCGAGUCCGGAAGAUGAUGCCUACUUUAGGGCGAGGCAUCGAAGCCCGGCGCUUUUCACGUGUUUCCCUUCCCCGGAUUUCUAGCUUCGCGACGCCGAUUGCUAAGAGGGCAGCGCCCUUCGCUUUUCGGACUCACAGUACAAGUUCGACCUCGCGCGGGGUUGAGAAUCACGAUGCCGAGAGCUCGCCUUCUGCAUAUUUUCCCGACCCUAACGCCACUAGGAAGCUCUCGUCGCCACGAUGGUCUGCGCUGAAAUCCGCGAAGCCGUUUUCCGAAUUUUUAACAGACACCUUCAAUCGCCAGCAUGAUUAUCUUAGAAUAAGCGUUACCGAACGGUGCAACCUUCGUUGUCUAUACUGUAUGCCGGAAGAAGGAGUGCAACUCUCUCCACCGGCUCGUCUUCUCACCUCUCCCGAGAUUGUCUACCUCUCCUCUCUUUUUGUCUCACAAGGCGUAACGAAAAUUCGGCUGACGGGUGGAGAGCCGACUGUGCGGAAAGACAUCAUCCCUUUAAUGCAAUCAAUCGGUGACCUACGGCGCAACGGUCUCAGAGAGCUUUGUCUAACGACAAAUGGAAUCUCAUUACACCGCAAACUUGAGCCGAUGGUGGAGGCUGGGCUGACUGGGAUAAACCUCAGUCUUGAUACUUUGGAUCCGUUUCAGUUCCAAAUAAUGACGAGAAGAAAAGGCUUCGAAGCAGUGAUGCAAAGUAUUGACAAGGUCUUGGAAUUGAACAGGCAUGGUGCAGGAAUCAAAUUGAAGAUCAACUGUGUCGUGAUGCGUGGACUAAAUGAGCGGGAAAUCAUCCCAUUUGUGGAAAUGGGGCGUGAAAGUCCCAUCGAAGUGCGUUUCAUCGAAUACAUGCCUUUUGAUGGCAAUAAGUGGAACCAGAAGAAGAUGGUGUCUUAUCAGGAGAUGCUCGCUCUUAUCCGAACAAAGUAUCCUGGCUUGAAGAAAGUGGCUGAUCAUAAAAAUGACACUAGCAAGACCUAUCAGGUCCCUGGAUUUGAGGGCCGGGUCGGCUUUAUUACCAGCAUGACGCAUAAUUUCUGUGGCACCUGCAAUCGGCUGCGUAUUACCUGUGAUGGUAACCUCAAAGUAUGCUUGUUUGGGAACUCCGAGGUGUCUUUGCGCGACAUUAUCCGAAGCGAAAACAAUGGCGAACCAAUUGAUGAGGCUAGACUAAAAGAGUUGCGACUCCUUGAAGCGGCGGAUCCGGCCGCUCGCGUCGUUGAUGAGAGUGGUGUAGUGAAUCAGAGGGAACAGGCGCUUCUUGAUAUCAUUGGCAUGGCGGUUAAACGGAAGAAGGCAAAGCAUGCUGGCAUCGGUGAACUGGAGAACAUGAAGAAUAGGCCCAUGAUACUUAUUGGUGGCCGUGCGUUCUUCAAGACACAAAUCUGCAACUCGCAGAAGGAGAAGGAUGUGACUUCUCUCCCUACCGAAUCUGAUCCCGAUCUUCCGCACCUUAAUACGUCACAGAAUGUCCACAUGACGAAAAUCAGUCAAAAGCCAGUUACCGAGAGACUCGCAACCGCCAGCUGCCUAGUGAGCUUCUCUAACCCACGUCCGUGGGAGCUACUUCGAGAGGGGCGGGGCACUCGGAAGGGAGACGUGUUCAGCGUUGCUCGUAUCGCUGGUAUUAUGGCUGCCAAGAAGACGCCGGAUAUUGUCCCACUAUGCCAUCCAGGGAUUGGGAUUACAGGAGUUGAGUUAGACGUCAAACUGGUUGACCCAUUGCCCUCCGUGACUGGUGGAUCUAUGAAACACGGGGCAAUGCGAAUCUUGGCAACGGUAAGCUGCCUCGGACGAACUGGAGUGGAGAUGGAGGCAAUGACAGCCACCAUGGGGGCUGCAUUGACGGUGUAUGACAUGUUGAAAGCUGUAGACAAAGGGAUGGUGGUCGGCAGCGUGCAGCUGCUGGAAAAGAAGGGUGGUAAGAGUGGGCAUUGGGUUCGGAGCGAAGAGGUGAAUGAGGGGAGGUGA